AUAAUUUCUGGAAACAAUUCUGUAAUUCUGGAUCAUUUUCAAGUCAUUUUGGAUAAUUUUUGAAGUGUUUUGAACAAUAAGGGUUUGGAAGCAGAGUGGUCUGACCCCCCUUCUGUAGUUUUUGAGAGAAAUGGGUUCAAAGUUUUGUAUUGCAGCAGGAAACGUGUGAUUCAUGAAGUCCGGAUGAGAAGUUCAGUCCAGGAACAGCUUUCUCUCCUCCGCACCAGCAGAGGGCGCCAGAACAUUUUCAAACGAGCCCUGGAGACGUUCCUCUGAGCUUCCUGGUGCUGCUCAGCUCCCUGUGGGUUUCUGUGCAGUCAGACUCUUGGGCCUUCAGGCUGAUCAGGAGGUUUCUGUUGACUCAGCACAUGAGAGAACAAACAAACAGAACAGAGUGUUUGGAUGGUGGAGAGGCAGCCGUCCACAGUGACCAGGAAGCAGUCAGCCGUGUCAUUUAGUGUUCAGACUUGUAGAUGGCGAGUGGACAGCUGUCGAGGGCGGAGGCGUUGGCAUGCGCCGGCUGCAGGCAUGCAUGCCAUGUGAUGCUCUACUGUGACACGAGAACUCAGCUGUUUGGGAGAAUUCCCAUCAGACACGUCGUCCUGAUGCAGAUGCGCUUUGACGGUCUGCUGGGUUUCCCUGGCGGGCUCGUAAACCCGUCGGAGGAGACGCUGGAGGCCGGGCUCAGCAGGGAGCUGUCGGAGGAGCUGGGUGUAGCUUUACCCAUAUCUGUGGAGGAUCACGUGGACUCCUGCCACGCUCCUUCAUCUUCAUCUUCCUCCCGACAGCUCAUCACCCACUUCUAUGUGAAGAAGAUGGAGGAGGAGCAAAUUAGGGAGGUGGAGAAAGCGGCCGCAUCCACUGCAACAGAUCACGGCCAGGAGGUAAUGCGUCCGUCCAGAGUGACUGAUUGCGGUGAUUUGCCAGAUCUCACGCUCCGUUUGUUUCCUCAGGUUCUGGGGAUGGUCAGAGUGCCGCUCUACGCCAUGCAGGGCGGCGAUGGUGGCCUGGCAUCCUUCCUGUCGCACUCCUUCAUCGGCAAUGCUCGCUCGCAGCUCAUCGACUCUCUGCUGAGUCUCAACCUCGUUUCCUCGGCAGAGCUGCAGAAAGCACUCGCAAACUCUUUGAAGAUCCACGAGAACGCUGCGGAGGACCUUCGAGCAGCAACGGAAACGCUGCUGAAACUCACCUGCUCUGGAAACAAGCAGUUUGACCCUCAGCAACACAAUCCUGCACACGCUUAAUCCUGCAUGCACGCCGUCAUGCUGAUUCUGAGCUGGUGACUCAUAAUUACAAACUGUGCAUCAGACACUUUGUGGGGGGAAAUAAACACAUUCUCACUCCUUCACCGUUAAUGGAAAUAAAGGUAUUUACUUUGUCCAACACA